AGGCUUUACUGAUUCGUACUGUAAACUUCCCUCCGUCAAAUGACACCGAGUCACUGAUUCCAGAGCAGAUCAGAGCCGAAACUGCGUUUGGAUCCGUGUAUUAUUCGAGUUUAUGUCGCCGAUUAUUCGGAAGUGAAGUUUCCAGAUGCUGAUGAUUGUGUGGGUGCAGUAAGCCACAGGCAUGGCAUUGGUCCAGUCCCUUCCAGUGACUACUGACCACCAACCACCAGGUCUGGAGAGCCGUAGACAGCGUUCUUCUCCUGUUUCACCACCUUCUCUAGUGGGCAUGGGCUCUGUAAGUAGUAUGAUCCCCAGCCACACCGCAUACCACAGCCGGAACAACCUAGAGGUCACGGCUCAGCUCCGCCGGGGUACACCGGGUUCAGGGCGACUGCUCUCCGAUUCCUCUCAUGAAGGAAUUUUUGCAAGUCAAACACCAUCUAGCAAGAGGAAGGCCAUAGCAGCUCGAGGGAAAGGAAUUGUUGGGCGAUCAUAUUCACAUGAAGAUUUGAUCACUGAUUGGAAUGACAACUGGUUUGAUUCAAGUCAGAGUGGAGGGGAGACAGGUGUGGAUGGGCCUCCUAAGCUGGUGCCUGUUUCUGGUCAGUUAGAGAGGAACGUACAGCAGGCCAUCAUCCGACCAACAGCUUUCAAGCCUGUUGUGCCAAAGAGCAGAAACGGUAUGCAGUAUCUGUCACCACGCCGAGGUGGAGGCUUAUCGGGAAGCCAGGGAAACCUCAGGGCGCUCUCUCCAGAACAAGAUGCGGUCAGCCCAGUAACCACAGAAAGACGCAGCUCCUACAGUGGAGUUCGAAAUGGCUUGUUUAGUCAGUCCUUCACUAUGACGGACUCGGGGCAGAACUCAUUAACCAACCUGAAUGCAUACAAUGGCCCAGUUUAUAGUUUAAACCAAACAGAACCUAGCAAGCCUGUGCUUAGCCAUGGACAUUCCAAUUCAGACAGUGGACGUUCAUCUUCUAGCAAAAGUACAGGUUCUCUUGGAAGUCGCAGUCAACCAGGUAUAUCGGACAUGGGAUCGGGUGGACCUUCUCCUCCACCAAUCGAGGCUUAUGAGGCCAUUGUGAGAGACUUGGAGGAAAAAUUGAGGGAGAAAGAGCUGGAACUACGGCACCUGAGAGAAAACCUGGAUGAGAAUGAGGUGGCUAUCUGUCAGGUGUAUGAAGAGAAGCAGAAACGCAGCGAGCUAGAGAUGGAAGAAUUGCGACAGAGUUGUGCCACUAAAAUGCAGAAGGCGUCACAGAAGGCCCAGCGGGCACAACAGCUCCUUCAGUUCCAGUUCUUUCAGCUUCAGCAAGAGAAAAAGAAACUGCAAGAUGACUUUACGCAAGUCCUGCAGCAACGUGAGCGGCUUGAGGAACGCUGUGCCGCCUUCGAAAGGGAACAUACGCAACUGGGACCCAGACUGGAGGAGACCAAAUGGGAGGUGUGUCAGAAGACAGGCGAGAUCUCUUUGCUAAAGCAGCAGCUGAAGGACUUGCAGGCAGACCUGUCUCAGCGAGUGGGAGAGGUGGUGACAUUACGUGGGCAGCUGCGGGAGGUGCGGGCUGAGCUUCAGAAUAGCCAAAGCCAACUGCAGGAGGCACACACGCAAACACGCACUCGAGCCCUCGAGCUGGAAGUGUGCGAGAAUGAGCUACAGCGGCGCAAGAGUGAGAAUGAUCUGCUAAGAGAGAAAAUGAGCCGUUUGGAGGAGGAGUCUAUGCGGCUCCACCAGGCUUUGAACGAAUAUGCUGAGGCUCCACCUCUCAUGCAGGAAUCAGGUUACAGAGGAGGAGCAGGCAGUGGUGCAAAUAUUGAGGAACAAAGGCUGGCAAGUGAUGGUGAGGAGUUCAAAGGUCAACGUGAUAGUUCCAGGCAGCAGGUGGAGAGGAUGAAAGGUGAGCUGGCUCAUCAGAGGCAGCUGGUCGAGGAUCAGGCGGCAGCGUUUGAGAAUGAACGCCACUGCUGGGAAGAAGAGAAAGACAAAGUCAUUCGUUACCAGAAGCAGCUGCAGCAGAACUAUGUUCAGAUGUACCGGCGCAACCGUGAGCUUGAGGCAGCCCUACGUGAGCUCAGCCUCGAGUUGGAGAAACGGGAGCAAGACGACGAGAGCAGCGGCAAUGAGGUCACCUUUGACGAUGUUGCUGCAACAGAGAUAUAACAUUCUACAGGCCGGACUAGAAUUGCUCAUUCACAGUUGCAUAUUUUAUCAAUGCCCUGUUGACCCAGGCCAUUAUUUUCAUUUCAUAACAAUAACCAAAUACAAAUAAAUGGGAUUCAGUUGGAUUCACGUGCACUAAAAUGUGAAGCAGCCAUUUAUCAAUAAACUCAAAAGAAGAGUUGGAAGAAGAUCCACACUUGUUUUUUUUUCUUACCUGUAUUCUGAGAAAUCCCACCUUCUGAAACAGGAUUGGCUAGUAGUCCUGUUGUCCUUGUACAAGGAGUUCACUGACUAGACGAAAUGCCAGAAUGUGGAAGGUGCAGAUAUAAUGAAGAAAAGAGAUUUAUCAGAAUAUUGGUAAGGAAGUGGUAAUGCUUCUCUUUUGCUUCUCAAUAUCUAUUUUUGCUUUAAUUACUAUAGUGAUAUAAUCUGAAAAAUUUGCAGUCCAUCCGAAUUAAGUAAGCCUGGUCAAUGGGCAGGACACAUACAUCCUGGAUGUGACACCAGAUCGUCAUGACACCAUUCACAAACACGUUUGGCAAAUUUCUCUACAAGGUCACCUUUUGCUAAUUCUAACAUAUUAGCAAUAUAAGUAAUGUUUAUAGGUACAGAUUACCCAAAGCCCCAGCCCUUACUAUGUGAUCCACCCUAUCUGAUGCCAGUGAAUAAAAUCAUCUUUUAGGUUACACAUCUAAACAUUUUAAACCCUUUUAAUUCAACAGCAUGAGAUAAGCUCUAUUUUGAAUAGUCUAAUUACAAAUAUUGUUUUGUAUCACUUUAUUUAUUUAUAAAGCUGCCCGCCUUUCCAGUGCUACACUAACAUUAUCAUAUUGAACAUAAUUUCACAUAUACAGGACCCUGCAUUGGUUAUUAAAUGUUUGUAUUUUAUUAUAUUUAGGUCAUGAAUAUGUCACAUUUAAUGUGACUAUAUAAUGUAGGCUAACUCAACUCAACUGUUUUGAGUUGCUCUCUGUACAGUACAUCAUACAUGUGUAUAGUUGAAGUUUAUAUGUCUCAUGAGACUAGUUAUUGUACUUGCCUCUGUUUUUUGUGUGUAAUGCAAUCAUACUCGUAUACAGUUUGUAGGCUGUGGAACUAAAAGUUACGCUAAUUAAAUAUCUUCUAAUCGAAUGGUGUCUAAGGAGACAUCACUUCAGCAAUGUACACCUGCUUUGUCUGACAACUGAAUGUUUUAUAAUUAAUUCAAGAGUCACUUAAGUGCACUUUGUGUGUGAAGAGAUUGUGUGGUUUGAGUGUUUAUCCCACUUCAUCAUACAUCUGCUGAAAAGAUCACCUCAUGUUUAAGUCGCAAAAAGCAGAUCACAAAACAAAACUCAGUCUUCCCAUAGCAAAAGCCAUGUACGUAGACAUGCGCACGUGUAUACACGUGCAUACAAGUAAGGUUUAAAGUUUUUUUUAUUCCUAAACUGUCUGUGCUGUUGAAAUUCUUUGUUUAUAUGUCUCUACAUUCUACAUAUGGAACCUUUUCCAGAAGCAUUUCCAAGCUGGAAAACUAUUUAGCAGGGGUGGACAUAUCAGUAACCUGGGUGCCUGGGACAAGUAGAUUUCAUCUUGGCUAUUAAUAUUUUAGUCAUAGUGUACAAGUUGGUUUAACAUCUAGAAACAGAAUAAUGCUUACUCCCGACUUUGACAAUUCAAAUGUUUUCAUGUACUCGGCAAGACCUUCCUAUAGCUCUCCUGCUAGCACAACAUCCAGUCCCUUCACAUUUUAGAUGUCUAGAGGAAAUAGACACUAAUUAAAUUCAAAUAGAGCAGAACAUUAAAUCUUAUACGUGUAUAUGAAAUGUUGGUUAAUGACUUUCUGACUUUUUUUUUGAGACCUGAAACCUUGCUAUGUGAUGUGCUAUGUGAUCAACCCCUUUAUUUAUUUCACUUAGUCAUUCUUUAAGGACUUAACCUAAUACUAGCUAACUAACAUUUUUACCUAGUCAAUUUGGUUUCCAGGCAACCAAAACAUGCUAAGAAGCACAUUAAAGAUUUUAAUUACCUGUUGGGCUGGCUAAGGGUUUUAUGAUUUGUCCACUGUUGUUUUAGGAUUCUAAAUAGAGGGUCCAAAUGUCUCAGUCCACUACCAGAAAUGACCUUUGUUGACCCUAAACAGUUAACUUUAUUUCUUCAACAGUCCAUGAACGAAAAUUCCCUAUAAAAUACUGACCAAGCUCAGUGAUUCAGUCCAUUUAAAAUUCAUGAAGCUACAGACAGCCACUGAAGUGAAGACUUUGUAUUAUUAUUCUGUAUCUCAUUCUACCACAUAUAUAUAUUAAAAACGAUCCUACUUACUUUUAUGACCUGAGAUUAAAAAACUACCCAAAGGUUUGGUGCCUUCUAUGUGAAAUAUGCUUCUGGCUUAGGAGUGGCAUGAGCAAAACAUGUUGACGUUUCAUGACAGUGACUUGUUCAGGAACAUGACUCACUAAAAGAAAGUAAUAAUCCAUAAUACACGACAUGUAAGACUUUCAAAACUGAAUCACUAGUGGAUGUCUGUUAAGAGAUGGACAGAAUUAAUACUUACAAAAUAAAUUAGCUAUGGUGACAAUCUUUUUUUUUUUUGUAAAUGUAGAAGGAGAUGCAAAUGAGAGUAUUUUCUUCGGGAAACUCUUCAAAUAUGUUAAGUGUAGGGUUUGGUAAUGAUAAAGGAAGAUAAAACAUUUAAGAUUAUAAACAUUAUUAUGUUAUGGGGCUGAAUGAUGGAUUACACCUGUUAAGUGAUGGCACUUUUUGUAAUAAGUAGACAUAAUAAAUGAAAGUAAGUACGUAUUUGUACUUAAGUACUUAUGCAAACAUUCAUUGUUUGUUUGUUAGUUCAUUGUGUGGUAACUAAUGCCAUAAAUCAUGUUAGCUAUUUAUGGAAACUAAAUUAAAAACAUUUUGCCAGUCAGACUUUUCAACUUUUUCGACUUUUCAAUAUUUAAAUUCCUAAAUAUAAUGAGAUGUUUAAAGAAAGAUUAAAUGUGUAUUUAAGCACAAAUUCCCCCCAAAGAGGCCAUUUUAUAUACUGUGAAGCGUCUUCUGUAAAACCUUUGCAUAUUCCCAAAAUUUGCUUGCCAUUCUUAAAUUUUCUCACCACAAUAAAUAUCACUUAAGGUAAAACUUAAGAUAUAAAUAGAAAAAACAAGCAUCUUAAACUCGAUACUUGUAACAUACCUGUAUAUAGACACAAUUUAGAUAUCUGGUAAUAUAUUGUUGUGUAAUAGAGAGUAGUCACUGUGAGUAGACCAAAGCAUUGUCACGUACUUGACGUGGUUAUUUUUUGUCGUUAAUGUGGUGAAAGUGUCACAGAGUGUGAGUGCUAUAAUUAUAUAUAUAUAUAAUUAUAAUUAUAAUUUUUUAACUAUAACAGUAUUUGUAUGAAGCCAUGAUAUUGUAUUUUUUUCAUGCUGUAUAUUUCUGACUGUUUUUAAUAAAAAUUAAAAAUAAAAUACCUGGCAAAUAAA